UUAACAGAGUUUAAUCAUGUGCAGGCUGUUUUUGUUGCAGUAUAUUGUUUGGCUGAGGAUGUACAAAGUGACAUAGCUUUGACAUGUUUGUAAGGGAUGGGACAGAUUAUGAUGGUCAUAGAUAUAUAAAUCCUUGUGCGCUUUUCAGAUUGUCAUUCUUGUCUUCACCCGGUGUGUACAUAAAGGGGAGAAGACUCUUGUUCGGACAGAUUUAAAAAUGAAGACUUUUUUGAAAAUUCUGCUUGCUGCUAACUUUUUGCUGCAAAUCUCAAUGGCAAAUGAAAAAUCUAAGCUAGAUGAAGAUAAGGGGGGUGACACAGAACAAUAUCAAAGUACACCCGGACCCAAUCAAGAUUAUGAAAAAUCUAAGCUAGAUGAAGAUAAGGGGGGUGAGAAGGAUGAGGGAUCUAAUGGCACAGAACAACAUCAAAGUACACCUGGACCCAAUCAAGAUGAUAAAACAUCAGAGUCACAGGUGGAUAAGGGAAGUAACGAGGAUCAUGAAACAGAAGAACGCGAUAAUGUCAUCUACCCAGAUGAUAUUGUGCCAUGUGACAUUUUAUCAACACGUAAAAAGAAAGUACAGGACGAGAUAGUAAAAAUUCACAAUGAAUACAGAAGUAAUGUAACACCAUCAGCUGGCAACAUGCUUCGAAUGAAAUGGAGUAAUAAAUUAAUGGAAUCAGCAGAGAGAUGGGCAGUAAAAUGCUAUUUAAACCACAGCGAAGUUAAAGACAGAAACGAUGAUGGAGUCCCAUUUGGAGAGAAUAUACUAUCUUCACCAGCCUGUGUAAAGUGGGACAUGGCUAUUAAACAGUGGUACAAUGAGAAAGUAUACCUGAUCUGGGGAGUUGGACCUGUAGGCACAAAUGUAACUGGUCAUUAUACCCAGAUGGUGACAGAUAGUACAUUUGAAGCUGGCUGUGCUCUGAAACUAUGUAUUCUGAAUAAAAUCAAACGUGCUUUUUACGUCUGUCAGUAUUACCCCCCCGGCAACCGGAGGUCCUCACUCUUCCAACCAUAUGACAAAGGGGAACCGUGCAGUCUAUGCCCCAAAGAUUGUGAUGAAAGUGGAAAGCUUUGUUUGAACUCCUGCUCACAUGCAGACACGGCUUCGAACUGUCCAGUAGUUAAAAGUGUGGGAGGAUGUGAAGAAUUCCUUAAAGUUUGUAAAGCAACUUGCCUUUGUAAAAAUAAAAUAACAUAAUUGUUCUGCAUAUUAUAGAGAAACUAUACUUUGCUGUUGGCUUGGACUUUCAUAUGAAAAAUGUCAUAUAUGAAAAAAGUAACUACAGUAAAAUUUUCGAAAUUAUAAAGACAAAAUAAUGAGGGCUACAUCACACAUUUACAAAACAAAUUUAAUGAAUAAUUAUAGAGAACCCUACAAAUCAGACAUUCAAUCGGAUGUGAUCACACAAAUUAGAAUUGUCUCCAAAGAAUAGACAAAAGGUGCAUUUUUUAUGUACAUAUUAAAGGGAAUAAAACAAGAAAAAUCCUGAUAUGUCACAAUAUGCAACAGCAUUAUUUUUUAGAAAGUAGUCUAAGCACACAACUUUUUAAAUUCAUAUGGAGUGGUGAAGAAUAACUAUAAAGUGGUGUUGGCUGUGAUUGGCCCCUGGUACCAUGUUAUUGCUAACACAUUAAAGGGGUUGUAAAGGUACAAUUUGUUUUCCAAAAUAGCUUCCUUUACCUUAGUGCAGUCCUCCUUCACUCAGAUGCGUAUCCCUCCUUUCAAAGCAUAUUCUCAUGUUGAUAAGGGCAAGGGUUUCUUCCCCACAACCCUGGCACUGUGGUUGUGGGGGCCUGUGGGUGGGGACUUCUUGGAAUCUGAAAGCCCCCAUAUAUCACCUCCUCAUUCUCAAAAAAGAAUGUCAAUAGUAAAGACACACACACACACAGUUUUUGACCAGUCCUUUAAGUGCUUCACACCUGGCCUAUAGACAAAUGACGGCCAUGUGAUGGCUGUGACCAAUCACAGCAGAUCACAUGACAAUUGUACACAAUGGACCAUAUACAUAAUGCCAUUCAUUGUGUACA